AUGAAUAUUGAUAUUGGUAUCGAUUCAUUAUUAGAUUCAUUCAACAAUAUAUCGUUAAAUAGUGAUGUUAAUGAUAGAUAUAAAAAUGAAUCAGAUUAUCAACGAAUAGAACAAUGCAAACAAAUCUAUCAAUACAUAAAGAUAUCGUUUGAAAAUAGAGAUUCCGAUAGUCUAAUAAACAAUUGUUUUCAAUUAAAACAACUAUUGACUACAUCAUCAAACAACAACAACAACAACAACAACAACAACAACAACAACAACAACAACAACAACAACAACAACAACAACAACAACAGCAGUAAAAAUAAUCGUACAUUGUCAUCAAUACUUUUUACAUUUGAGUAUCUAUAUAGAGUUGCAGAUAUACUCUAUCAAUCAGGUUACUAUCAACAGAGUUUAGAGAAUCUCGCUAUAAUCAUUGAAAAUGGUAUUGAUAUCACACCGACAAUGGAAAUUGGCAACAAUCAUGAUAUCUAUAUUUUGAAAUCUUUUACACUAAGUGUAAAGAUUAUUCAAAUUUUGGAUCAACCUACUCACCAGUUAGUUUGGAACAUGAAACAAUAUAUAGAGAAUCAAUGUACUGUGGACAACCGAUUUGAAAUCUUAGUCAACAUUCUAUUUAUUUGUAAACCAAUAAACUACAAACAAUCAAUCAUAGAGUACACCAACAAACAUCUAUCAGUAAACAAACACAACAUUAAGGAACAAGAAUAUGAAUAUUGGUUAGCAUAUCUAUCAUCUAUCAUCCGAUAA